AAAAAAAAAAAAGAAACAAAUACUCUAGAAAAUAUAUACUUGAAAUAAAAUUGAAGAAGAGUAUGGGCCAUGCUAUCAAAACCGUUGGCUUAAUAUUUACAAGAAAAAAAAUCGAACGUUCGGGUUUUAUUGGCCUAGAAGAUUAUGCACUAAAACGUAGUAUUCGUAUAAUCCAUAUUGACCUCUCAAUGCCUAUUGAAGAUCAGGGCAAGCUUGAUCUGGUUGUUCACAAAAUGACAGAUCUUGUUGCAAAGAUAGAACGCGGUGAUACCGAGGCAGAGAAACUGUACCAGAGGUUUAUUAAAUACAGCAAAGAACAUCCUGAAGUUAUUGUGAUUGAUGCCUGGCCUAACAUUGAAAAAGUAUUGGAUAGAAUGUCAUUAUACCACCAUACAAAGCUAUGUGCUGCUAGAGACAUGAUAGAAGGAAAACCUCUCUUUCAUGUGCCUAAAAGUUUUGCCCUGGAUUCAGUUAGGGAUUGGAAGAAUGAUAUGGAUAUAAAAUUCCCUGCCAUGUGCAAACGUAGAACAGCCUGCUCGUCUACUGAAGCCCACCAAAUGAUACUCAUACCUUCAAAACAGGGCAUGCCACACAUUGAACAAUACAUUAAAGACGAUUCAGUUAUUUUGCAGGAAUUUAUUCAACAUGAUGGUGUUAUUGUCAAGGUCUAUGUAGCUGAUGGACAGAUCACUGCAUCUACUCGACCAUCAUUUAAAAACUUGGAUCAAACAGCAGAUGUUGUUCAUUUUGAUAGUCAAACACUACCAAAGAAGUUCGAGACCAACGUUGAACUUUCAGAUGAUCUCGAUAAAGUGUUUCUGAGAACAGAUCCAACUGACAUUCAUAUUUAUAAGGAAUCUUUAUUGGAUGGAAAUAAGCUACAGAAAAUUGCAGAUAGUUUAUACCGUCAGCUGGGACUGACAUUUUUUGGAUUUGAUGUACUAUUACAAACAAAAACAAACGCAUAUUAUGUUGUGGAUGUCAACUAUUUCCCAAGCUUUAAAAAUGUCGAUAAUUUUCACUACAUGUUUGUAGACAUAUUGAAAAAGAGAUUAGGGCAUAAAUAAAACAUACACACACACACACACACACACACACACACACA